AUGGAGAUACUGCGAGUGCGAAACCUAGUUUUUCAUUUCGGUGUAGAGUUUUGUAGGCUGACUCUACUGCGGUGUUUUGCUGAAUAUGGUGUGGUAUAUGACAUUCUUCUGGAUGCUUCUUGUGGUGAAGCACUCGUGUCAUAUACGGAAUCGGCAUCUGCCCAGGAUGCAUAUUUAAAAUUAAAUGGAUUUCUGCUUUUUGGUGAGGCAAUAGAGGUAAGUAUCACGACAGCUCCAGUUUCGGAUAUACCGGGGUGCCGUGUGACGUAUAGACCUUCUAACUCUCUAGUCCUGCGGGGUGCCUCAUCUUUUUGGGUGGAGUUGAAUUUGAAACAUGUUAAAGGAGUGAAGCAGCUUGUGCCCAUUGAUCCAGGCACCACUGUAGUUUCCUUUGAAAACCAACGGAUUUCAACCAUGAUCAAGAAGCUGUUUGAUGGACGCAUUGACUACAAUGGAAAAACUGUUUCCGUGCUGUAUUUGAAACCGGCUUGA